GAGAUUUCCCAGAUUAUGAUACCAGACUUCAUCACUCGAUUCUUUGAACAUUGAGUUAAAUUCCCUCUCGGUGCUUACUAUAUCGAACCUGCAAUCAUCGCAAUCAUGAGCCAACCAAUUGGACUGACAACGAUCCCUAGGCUGCUGCCUGUCACGGGCACGUUCGCGCUCCCAUUCACGAUCUACUACGCAUUCCUUAGCCUUCGCGUCGUCAACGAGCGUCUGAAAUCUAAGCAAUACUUGGGCGACAACUCCUCAAAGCCUGGAGCGGACCCCGAAUCAUACAAGGCCAAUGCACUCUAUCUUGCUGGCCGAUCGCAUGUCAAUUAUAUCGAAAACGUGCCGCUUGCUUUCAUCCUUGCUUCACUGAUCGAGGUCAAUGGAGGAAACCGCAAGACACUGAGCUGGCUGCUCGGGAGCUUCUUUGCCUUCCGUGUGCUACAUGCUGAGCUUGGAAUCAUGAAGCCCGAAGGCAUGGGCAAGGGCAGACCCAUCGGCUAUUUCGGCAGCAUCGGUGUUCUCGGUGCUUUGGCAGGCUACGGGGCUUUCUUGGUCAAGGGAUAUUGGGGAUACUAGUUGACCUACCUCUCAAUACAUCGAAAUUGUAGACAGGUUGAAGAUAAGCAAAGACGAGAAGGUCCAAAAGCGAAUCGUUCAACCCACUUACCCUGUCAAGCUGCGAGGAGUGCCAAUGUGCACUGCAGCUUUCUUCCUACUAUUGCGGGGCUAAGAGAGAUUGUGUGGACUUCAGAACCAGGGAUUUAAGGAUCUAUGAAUGCCCGCGAGUGUAGCCACUUAUUAAAUUUACUUGGGUUCAUCGGCUGAAAGCAUUAAGUCCACACCAGUCAGCA